AAAAAAAAAAAAGAGAAAAAGGAAAAGCACUGUUUGACUAAAAACCAGUAGUAACAGUAGAGAAGAAAGGAGAAAAGAGGAAGAGAAGAAGUAAGGAGAGGAGAAAUAGAUCUGAAGGAAGAGAAAAGAAAAAGAAAAGAAACCAUCUUUCAAUUGGAGAGGUCUUAUCAUAUCAUCAUGAUCUCUUACUAAUUUGACCCAUCUCUUUCUCUUUCUCUCUCUUCUCUCAUAUUAUACCCACACACACACACACACACAAAUACAAGUCUUAUUAUAAGUAGCCACAAAAUCCCCAAAAUGCCUAGACCUUAUUUCCACAAGCUAAUCCUCUCUAAUUCCAUUAAAGACAAGAAACUGAGGAUCCCUGAUAAUUUUGUCAAAAAAUUUGGAAAUGACUUAUCUGCUUUUGGGAGACUCAGUGUUCCUGGUGGUCCUGUGUGGCCUGUAGGAUUAAUAAAAGCUGAUGACAAAUUUUGGUUUCGUGAAGGAUGGCAGGAAUUUAUGGAACGUUACUCUAUACGUGUAGGAUACUUUUUGGUCUUCAGAUACGAAGGACAUUCAGUAUUCACAGUUCACAUAUUCAACUUGUCUGCUUCUGAGAUAAACUAUCAAUCUAAUAAUACAGCUGGUAGAAGAUAUCUUCUAUUUGAAGACAUGGAAGAUGACGACUUUGUUGAACACUUGAGCUCCUCAUCUCCGUGCUUGGUUCCUAAUUCUUUGAAAAGUAAGGCUUUUGAUGAACGUCUUGAUCAAAUGACAAUUAACAAAAGUUACAAUCCUCCAGCAUUGCAGAAUUUGUUCAAUGAGUCUAAUCUUAACUACAUAAAUUGGUCUGGUGAAGGGAACAUUCACUUAUCAAAGGGUGCUAGUAUUUCACACGCGGCAGAUCAAGAUGCACGAGAAGUUGGUGUUCCGUUUAAUCCCAUGGAGCAAAAAAAUUCUGCAGGUGAUGUGAGAUACUAUACUCCAGAUGCUGAAGCACAAAAACCUAAAAAACGUGGAAGGAAGAAGCUUAAAGUUGAUCCUAAUCAGCAGCAGCCAUCAGCUCAACAAGAAGAUGAAGUUGAUAUGCGUUUUAGAUUUUAUGAAAGUGCUUCAGCAAGAAAGCGAACUGUGACUGCUGAAGAAAGAGAGAGGGCAAUAAAUACUGCUAAAACAUUUGAGCCUAUGAAUCCUUUCUGUAGGGUUGUCCUGCGACCAUCUUAUUUAUACAGGGGUUGCAUUAUGUAUCUGCCAUCCUGCUUUGCUGAGAAGCACCUAAAUGGUGUUUCAGGAUUCAUUAAACUUCAGUCAUCCGAUGGGAAACAGUGGCCAGUCCGGUGCCUUUAUAGGGGAGGUAGAGCUAAACUGAGCCAAGGGUGGUAUGAAUUCACCUUGGAGAAUAAUAUGGGAGAAGGAGAUGUUUGUGUAUUUGAGCUUCUGAAAUCAAGGGACAUUGUGCUGAAAGUUACUGUAUUUCGUGUUCUCGAAGGUGCUGGACGCAUGACUCAGACCUUGACAACAAAAUAUGAGCAGCGUUGAACUAGAUAGUCUCCAAUGGCUGGUAAAUUUCUGAAUGAAGGAACUUUGUCAAGUAACUUUCUCCUUUUUGGGUGAUUGUCAUUGCUCUGGUUUUUAUCUGUGGUAUUUAAUUGUUGUUCGAUGUCUAUAACUUUUCAGAGCAGAUUAGUGGAACUAUCCAUUAUUUAGAUGUUUCAAUAGAUAAUUUGUGGGUUUACUAGUAGGAUUGUAAAUACUUCAAUCAAGUGAUAUUUAACCGGACCACAAAUUGCAGA